CUGUCACGGGGCUAAGAACGGGAACCACACGCGUAACCGGUUCCCAUGUUGUCCGGAAUUUUUAUCGCGAUCAGUAAUAACAGCAUCGACUCGAAGAGCAACACCGUUAACACCUACCGUCUGUGCACCUCGUUAGUUUCGGACAUUUGUUGUUCCCGAUAUUUUUGUUUGUUGGUUUUUUUUUUUUUCUCCGUUUCUCCGUUCUCAACUUCGCGAGGGGUGACGGUGAACUCAUCACCCUUUUGAAAGGGUAUUAUAUUUAAUACGAAAAACAACAAAAAAAAACAAAAAAACGAUCAAAGGCCCACCCCCUCGAAGUGGCCACGCCCUUUAAUCGUUUCGACAAAUUAAUUAAUUAAUUUAUCGUCGUCGUCAUGUGUCACGUGAAUGUAUAACAACGACUCGAUUCACGGGGUUUUUAAACCCGAACGGUAAUGAACGUUAGCUGAUCGGAAUUUCGAAUAGAAAUUGUUCAGUCACCAAAGUUCAAUCGAAAGUGUUGGUUCAAUCGAAGUAAGAAAAAGAAAAAUUAUCACCGAGAUAGAGUCCCUGCAGAGGUCAAAAUGUUGACGGACAUGACACCGGCGGCGGCCGGACAACUUUAUCCUCAACUACAGUCAAUCACAAAGUCAUCGGCCGGUCACGUGGAUCAUCCGGGUCUGAGAGGAACCCCGCUGGCGAUGUUGGCGGCCCAGUGCAACAAGCUGAGCAGCAAGAGUCCACCGCCGUUGGCGGACGCAGCGGUCGGUAAGGGAUUUCACCCUUGGAAAAAAAGUCCUCAGAGCAGCGGGAGUUCGCCGCAGCACACGGGCGGCGGUGGUACGGGUUGCACCUCGACAACGGGUGUCACGCAAAGACCAACGGCGACGAGCAGCGCCGGCAGUACCGGGGGAUACGCGAGACCCCCGGUAACGUCGUGCGCCUCGACGGCACCCCAGUACGGUAGCGAUCUUUACUUUCCGGGGACGGCGAGCGCGCAACCGGCCAGCGAUCCCCAUCAUCAUCAGAGCAGUUUACUCGGCAAGGUCGAAGGCGCGACCUUGGGCUCGGUGUACGGAAGACACCCCUACGAGUCGUGGCCGUUCAACGCGAUGCCGGGAGCUACGCACGGCGGCAUAAAAGCGGGCGACGGCGGAUGGUGGGACGUCCACAGCGCUGCCACGGGUGGAUGGCUGGACGUCAGCGGCACCGUGGGGGUCGGCGUCGGCGUCCACGCCGCUCAGAUGGCGAAUUACUCGGCCGAUUAUUCGACGAGUCUCGCGCUAGCCGGUAACCACUUGCUCGGCUCGACGACCGCCGGUCACAAUCUCCUCCAAGACACUUACAAGUCCAUGCUGCCCGGCGGACCUCCCGGCUUCGGUCUGCACCACCACUCGACGACGGGCGGCGGCGCCGGCAGCCCCCAGGGCGCGGGCGGCACCGGCGUUGCCCAGGCGCCGUCGCCGCGGUCGCAGAGGCGAUACACGGGUAGGGCCACCUGCGACUGUCCGAAUUGUCAGGAGGCGGAGAGACUCGGCCCGGCGGGCGUUCAUCUCAGGAAGAAGAACAUCCACAGCUGCCACAUCCCCGGCUGCGGGAAGGUCUACGGGAAGACGUCUCAUCUGAAGGCCCAUUUGCGGUGGCACACUGCGGCACCUUCGAACCCACACCGGAGAAAAGAGAUUCGCCUGCCCGGUCUGCAACAAGCGAUUCAUGCGCAGCGACCACCUCGCGAAGCACGUCAAGACGCACAGCAGCAGCAGCAGCAGCGGCAGCAGCGGGGCGAGCAAAGGCAAGGGGGCAACGGGGGCGGGCAGCUCGUCGGCCGAGUCCUGCUCAGACAGCGAGGACAACGCGAGUCAGCAGAGUCCCAUUUCGGGUCCCCUGCUCCAGGGGGCCCUGGACAGCAACACCUCGGCUCAGCCGAGCACCAACAACACCCAACAACAACCGGCAACCCCCAUGACCCCAAUGCAGAUGACCCCUCCAACCCCGUUGACACCCCACCAUCCCCAUCACCCGCAUCUCCCGCCGCUAAUGGGCCACCACCCCCAUCAUCAUCAUCAUCACCAUCAUCAUCACGCAACCACCGUGGUACCCACCACCCACCAUCCUCACACGGGGAUGAGCAUGCACUGAGCCCGGUGGGGCCCGGAGCCGCAUGCGCCAACAACGCAACGGCCCUGGGCUCCCCCCUAUCUUACCCCCUGAACCUCAAUCUGAUCCAUCAUCACCAUCACCACCACCAUCAGGCGGCGUUGGCCGCCGCCGCCGCCGCCAAUCACCACCACAACUCCUACUCCAUGCAGCAGAAUCCCGGUACACCCGGUGGUACGCAAACACCGUCGCCAUCCUCACCCGCUCCUGUACAUAGUCUCUAAGUACGUAACGACACGCAGAGAAUUGUCAUUGGUAGACGGUGUACGGGAAUGACUACCCCCGUACACCGAGAGUAUCGAUUCACGCUAUAUCCGACCGUCGCAAUUGAUUUCCAACGACCGUAGAGAGAGUUAGCUCGAGACAUUUGAAAAGAAAAAUAAAUCGUACCGAGGCGACGACGGAAUUUGGAAGAUUUCCUUUUUUUUUAGACUCAUUCACGGCUGCUCCCGUUGCCCCCUCGAUCUGCUGCCGAUACUCGAUAUCUGGUUCUUUAGAAUUCAGAGUAAAAGAGAGAGAAAAACAAAAAAAAGUAAUUGAAAAUAGAAAAAAAAACAAGAUAUAUUUAAAGAGAAACGAAACACACGUAUAGAGUAAUACACGAAUUACACACAGUUAGGAGAGACCGAAAAAAAUAGAGAGAAAAAAAGAAAA